UAUUCUUAGCCGUUGCUUGAGAGAUGCUAGCGAGCCACUGCGGUUGCUAACACGGAAAUAGCUACAGCGCUAUCAUUAAACAUAUAGAAGGACAAAUACCGAGUUAGCAACCUUUUGCGUGAUUCUGUAACCUUUUCCACAAUGUCCCGGCAAUCCAGCCGCCCAACUGACAGCAAGAAGAUGAAUUCGGAGCUGUUCACGUUGACCUAUGGAGCCCUGGUCACGCAAUUAUGCAAAGACUAUGAGAAUGAUGAGGAGGUCAACAAACAACUGGACAAAAUGGGUUACAACAUCGGAGUGCGUCUCAUCGAGGACUUCCUGGCACGCUCCAGCGUCGGCAGGUGUCAGGAUUUCCGAGAAACGGCCGAUGUCAUCGCUAAGGUGGCGUUCAAGACGUACCUCGGCAUCACCCCCAGUGUGACCAACUGGAGCCCAGCAGGGGACGAGUUCUCCCUCAUGCUGGAGAACAACCCGCUGGUGGACUUUGUGGAGCUGCCCGACAACCACAGCACUCUCAUCUACUCCAACCUGCUGUGCGGCGUACUCAGAGGAGCCUUGGAGAUGGUCCAGAUGGCUGUCGAUGUGAGAUUUGUCCAGGACACCCUGAGGGGAGACAAUAUGACAGAAAUCCGUAUGAAGUUCAUUAAGAGGAUUGAAGAAAACCUUCCGGCAGGGGAUGAGUGACAACUUUUUUUUUUUUGUCUCCGGAGAACUGAAUGGACAAAUAAACUAGAAGAGGACACACUGAAACCUAAGACCAUCGUGUGGCCCUGCUACCCUCAGUAUACACCACUAUGGAUCACAACAAUCCUUAGUCAAGUGUACAGCCCCCACUUAUUUCUUUUCAUUUGGAAACAAUUAUUGAAGACAUGUUUAUUUUGCUGUACCAAACUGGACACUUAUACAAAAAUAUGAAUGUUUUACGUCAUCAUGUGCAUAUUCUUUUUUUAAUGUUCAUAAUGCUGCCGCACUAAAUUAAUGAUGUAUAUUAUAAAUACAACAUAAUUGA